AACCACUGCUGUUGUUUGACACACUCCUCUUCUGACUCCAUAUAAAAAUCAACUGACCCUGUCUCAGCGGAUCUCAUCACCACACAUCUUCCCUGAGAAACGGAUCAGAAAAAACAACUGACAAGAUGUGCUUCGAUAUUUGCAUCGACUGCUGCCUUGAACAGUGGAUGGUCUGUUUCUGGCCCAGCUUGGCUAAGCACAGGAAGAAACCAAAAGAUGAAUCAGAACUUGAGCAUGUGUACGUCCGUCAACGAGUUGAUGGAAAAGUUGUCAGGAGCAUCGACACUCGGCCCGUACGACGUUCUCAGACUGUCAAUCGUGGAACGUCACGACUACCGCCAGGGGUUACUGUUAACGCUGGAAGAGCGCGCGAGCAAAGUCGAGCGAAUGAAAGCCGUGACAGGCGACAAGUGAGGUCUGACUCAAACCAGAAUGAGGCGACCGACAACACCAGUAACGACCGCCCACAUAGAGACCGCAGAAACACAAUAGAUGCUGGUGUCCAAACCACCGAUAGCCUUUUGAAUGUUACAGCGGGACCUGCAAAAUCGCGCUCCAAGGAUCAGAGAAACCAGCGCGACGAUACCCACCGGGGAAGAAACAAGGACUGGGACCAGGAAAACAACCAGGACAGCGACGACAACAACCAAGGAAAAAACAAGAACUGGAACCAGGAAACCGAUAGGGGUGGCAAGAAGUCCAAAUAUGACAAAAGGGCAAAGCUAAAGACGCAGGAGUCAGAUUCCCAAGAGGAAAGUUCAAAAGUCAACGAUAGGAGCGAUGAUACCAUGGAUAAGACCAAGGGCAAGGCCAAAGCCAAGGACGACAACAAAUCCCAUAAUCUAGGAACCAACGAUCAGAAGAAUGUCGACUUUUCUGGAGACCACAAGGACAAGAAAGAUGAAAAAAAGAAUGAAGACACUGAAGCAUCUCCAGCUGCAGAAGCCAUCGAUGACUGGCCGGUACUUCCUGAAAACGAAUCAAAGAGUCCAGAGGCCGAAGCAUUUACAGCUGCGGAACUCAUUGAUGACUGGCCGGUCGUUCCUGAAAACGAUUCAAAGAGCCCAGAGGCCGAAGCAACUCCAGCUGCAGAAGUCAUCGAUGACUGGCCGGUCGUUCCUGAAAACGAUUCAAAGGCUCCAGACCCAGCGACCAAUGCAUGGAAUGACUGGAAUACCAGCGAAUGGAAUACUGGAGACUGGAAUACUGGCGAGACUGGUGUUGACAAUGUCAAAUGUAAGAACUCCCAAUCCCCUACCCAGGCCCGGAGUCCUGACACACCCUGGCAGCGUAGAGGAUAUUUCAGUGAACUACCAUGGAUCCGCUCAUACAGGGAAACCGAGUGCAGGACUAGGCCUAUGUCGUGCAUACCGAUCCAAGGUAUAGACGGAGAGUAUAGAUUCUGGGUCUGCGAUGCCAGUGGUGAAUUUCGGUUGAGAUCAAGGGCGGAAAUUGACGAGCAAUAUCAACCAGGGCACUGGGUGGAGGACGAGUGGGGAUGGGAGUAUUUUAAGACCUAUACCUACCAAAAAGUUUGA